AUGGCGAAGAAUGAGCCUUUUCCAUCGCCCCAAUACGUGCCUGACGCAGGUGGCGAUGAGACUCGCGAGAGAAGAAUUCUGCCUCCCACCAACCAGCAGUUUUCGCUGGUCUCCUGUAUGGAUUCUCGAACUGGUGAUUCUCUAGACAUCGUCAGGACAAGUAUUGACCACCUGCUAGGUCUUCCGUAA